GGCUGUGGGUGAAUGACGUCACACCCCCGAGACAACAUCCCCCUGAGAGGAUGGCGGCUCAUCCCCGUCCGAGCGGACGGACAGCGCACGGGAAUAUCCCGGAACGUCGUCAUACGUCGUAGAAGAGGACGGCUAGGAGGAGCGGCGGAGUAUAGAUCGCCGUGAGCGAGACGGUGCUCUGCGUCCGGGAGAGCGACAGAUCCCGAGGCCGUGGUGGUAAACGAAGACGGUGACAACCAGGGUGCAACAAGCGUCCGCGGACGUCACGCCGGGCAAACAUGAGUGAGCUAAACCUGCGGCUGGUUUACGCGAGGCUCGACUUGUGCGUCGCGAAUCGCACAGCUGUGCUCGCCGGAACGGAUGUACGUCGGAAAGCAAAGGACAUGGCACACCUGUAGAUACGAAAUGCCGGACUAGCGUACGCGCGAGAGAGCGAGUGGCCGACCAGAGUAGUGGCAGCAAGAAGGCAGAGCAGAGUAGUGAAGAGAGGGUAGAGAGCAAGUACGUAGAGAAAGAGAAAGAGAUCCUGUCGCUCGAAAAAAAAUUAAUUUGCGUGGCGCAAAAAUCUCGCGGAAGGAGAGAGAAUGAGUCACGCUCAACAGCAUGUGCUUGCGAGCGCGAUAGUUCUCGCGCUAUUAGUGGUAUUCGGCAUCCACGUCUUCCUGUUCCCCAUGUAUGACACGUCGUCCCCGCCGGCGCGCCACAUGAAGAUCUCCGUGUACGAGCAGACGCUCUGUCGCACGACCCUGAAGACAUCCAACGUCCGGGCACCGGCACCCGACUGGCGCAACAAUCCCUGUCCCAUUAACGGCAUAGUCUCGGCGGUGCAGGGCGGUAGACUCGGCAAUCAGAUCUGGGAGUAUGCGUCCGUGUGGGCGACCGCUCGUAGAACCGGCCUGGAGCCGUUCAUGCCGCGCUGCAUCCUCAAGACCCUGGAGGAGCACUUCGAGAACCUCAGCAUCCCGCCGCUCAGCUACAUCGGCAGGUGUACCUUGGACGUCGGACAAGUGGUCAACUCGCUCAGUCAAUGGAAUAGCACGGACCAGAACAUCAUUAUACCCAGGCAUGCGGCUUAUUGGUCCUUGAUAUUGGUCUGGCUGGACGACGUACGACGGGAAUUCACGUUCAAGCCGAGUCUGAGAAUUUACGCGGAGAAAGUAUUGAGACGUGUAUCGGAAAAGUUCAAUCUAUCCUCGCCAACCUACGUCAGUGUACACGUGCGUCGAACCGAUUACGUGGAUUACCUUUGGCACAAGCUGAAGACGCGGCCGGCACCGGUAAGUUACUACCUGUCGGCGAUGGAUUACUUCGCCAGCAAGUACAGCAAUGUUGUCUUCGUAGUGACGAGCGAUAAUAUUGCCUGGUGCAAGUAUAACUUGCACAGCAACCGUCAUAGAAUCAGUUUCGUAUCGGAUAAUGAUGGUAAGGGCCCGGGUAAGGAUCUAGCAGUCUUAUCCACGUGCAAUCACAGCAUAAUAGAUUACGGCACUUACGGCUCGUUCGGGGCUAUUUUGGCCGCCGGCGAAACUGUAGUUUACAAUGUAACAACAUACUUUUCUACGUUGAUCGCCGACGUUCUACCAAAGUGGAGGAUAAUGAGUUGAACGAGAAUCAAAGCUCUUGAGUAUAAAACAGAACAUAUUUACGUUGUAUCAUGUAUACACAUUUUUUACAUAAU